ACAUUGAUAUAAGAGAUACCAAGGAAGAGCUGAGAGUGUAUUGCAAAAUUCAUUUUUCUGAUAAUUUUUCUUAUUGAAAGUCGAAAUUAUCCUCGGUAAACUUUUGCCGCAUUUUAUAUCCGUCAAAAUAAAUGAAGCAAAAUGGUCGGUUUUAUAUGGUGUAUCCAAACAAAAUUCAAUGCCGUUUGUUUCAUAGUCACUGAUAAUGUAGUCGAUUUGAGUUUUAGUUGAACUAAUUCUGGUCUCAUCGCUUGGACAAAAAACCUUCAAUCCAAUUUGUGGUCUCAUUUCUUCAAUUUUUCAAUCCAAAUUCUUCAAUUCAAAUUUUGGUCUCACUAGUUUCUGUGAAAACUCAGGAACAUGUAACACAACAAAAUGAAACUAAAAGUCACGGAGAACCCUUAACAAGAACGAGCUCGCCGAGGCGGAAAUCAAGCUAACAUACUACUCAAUUGCACCACCACGGCUGUAAUAAUUGGAGAAAAAAUAAUCCGAGGCAGAAAAAGUGGUUCAUAUGUAAAAUGGGGGCAAUCGACGCUAAAGAUCCUUGAAGCUACUAUAAGUUAAACACAUCUGGUGAAAAAAUAACCCGUGAUAGUGUCCAAAUGAAACAAGGGUAUGUGUUAAGCCGGAGCGGUUAUGCAUUUAGAUCCAAAAAAGACAACUGAAAAAGCGACAUGCCUAGUAACCCCGAGCCUAAAGAAACGAGCACCCCAGGCUUCAGCUACCAAAACGCGACAACGGCAGGACGGACUGAAGAGUCUCGGGGCGAUGAGAAAAGCGAUUACGAAAACAACAGAAAACCGGAAAAAACGAGCACUUAAUCGAAAGCGACUGAGAACAACUGACCUCUGAAUCAGCGCUAAUUUUUGGUCUUCAGACGCUGGCAGCUGGUCACAAGACAAAUAAAUUUGGUCGCGACAUGGUUGUAUUGAUAGUCAAAUCCGUUUGCAUGAGCUAGUUGCAGCUGUUACCUCUCAUCCAGUUGAUUGUUUUCUGUAGUUAUCGCGCAAUCAGGUUCAGCAACCUGUUACAGCAGGUAUCAUGAAAGCUGCCAAGAACAAUUUUACUUGUCUCCGAUGAACUCAGCGAAGCCUCUAUCAACAAUUUGCUGGCAUCCAUUAUUUUGAGGCUCGGGAAUGGCUCGAAACAAAGAUUUUUUUGUCAUUCAAUGAACGACUGCAAACUUCAGAGCUGUUUGAUCAAUAACUGAGGAAGAUGACAGGUGAAAAUGAGGAAACGGUGUUUUCAUGUGUGAAGUGUGAACAUGAUCUAAAUGGUCAUCGAUAUGUCCGAAGAGACGAAGGUUGCUAUUGUGUUAACUGCUAUAACGAGUUCUUAGCAAAUAGCUGCUUUGGUUGCGAACAGAAAAUACACCCUAAAUACAAGAGCUACUGCAACGAAGAUCGAUAUUGGCAUGAGUCCUGCUUUGUAUGCACUAAAUGCGAUACUGCUUUGUCCGCAGAUAGAUUUGCUCUCAAGGAAAAAGCAAUUUACUGCACGAUGUGUUUCGAUGAUAACUUUUCACCGUCAUGCAAUAAGUGCAAUGAAGUGAUUCGAAUUGGAUCGAAGAAACUAUCGUGGAGAGACAAUGUCUAUCAUUCAGACUGUAUGUUCUGCUUUUCGUGCAAGAAAACUUUGUCUUCCGAUCCUUUCCAUCCAAAGUCUGAUGGUAACAACUACUGUUUGGAUUGCUUUAAGGAGCAGUUUGCGUAUAAAUGCACCAAAUGUCACGACGCAAUUAUUGAUGACGGGGUGCUUCACGAGGAUCAGCCUUUCCACGCCAACUGUUUCAAGUGCGCUGAUUGCCAAGCUUCUCUCAGGGAUAAACAGUUCGCCCUUAUUGAUUCCAAAGAAGUUUGCACUGACUGUUAUGCUACUUAUUACGCGGAAAAAUGUGCUUCAUGCAAUCGAGCAAUCACUAGUCUGGAUGGCGACAAGCACAUGGAGUUUGAAGGGAGAAAAUGGCAUGAGGUAUGCAUGGCUUGCAAGUUUUGCCAGCUGUCGUUGGUGGAGAAGUACUUUCUAGCUGAAGGAAAAGAGAGCCAGAGUAUCGACAUAAUGUGUCUCGACUGCGGACUGAAACAGAAAGGCCUUGAUCCAGAGAAGUACCGGCAAGGAUUUUACGACGACGCGGAAAAUUCAGACGAAGAAGAAGAAGGAGCAAAACCGGAUCCGAAGCUUGCCGAUCCUUUCAAGCUCGAUCUCUUGGAAGUACACAAUAACUAUCGCGCCAAGCAUGGAGUUCCAGAUCUAAAAUGGUCAAAUUCAUGCGCUGUGCAUGCCCAGGAAUGGGCCGAAAAAUUAAUCAGGGAUAAUGAAUUCAAACACAGCGAUAACCCACGGUACGGAGAGAAUGUAGCCAAGGCCUUGAAACUGAAUCCGACUGCCGAUGAAGUUGUCUACCACUGGUACAAAGAAGUGAAAGAUUAUGACUUUUCGAAGCUCGAGUUCCAACCCGGAACUGGACAUUUUGCACAAGUAAUCUGGAAAAGCACCAAGUAUGCGGGCUUUGGGUAUGCGAAGAACGGAGAAAUAACUAUUAUUGUAGCCAACUAUAAGUGCCCAGGCAACAUGAUGGGACAGUUUGAGAACAAUAUCUCACAGCCUCAUUCGGACAAAGAAAACUAGCAGCGAACUGACUGCCCUGUGUUCUGCUAAAUUGUACAUUUUAAGCUUCUGUCGCUCGCUGAACUUGUAAUAUACCGUGAAGAAUAAUUUAAUUUUAGUGAUUUUAA